GAAUAAAAACAUCCCUACAAAUUAUUUAGCUUCAACAAUGAUGUACUCUAAUGAGGUGCUAUCAUCCCUUUUAAUCUCUGACGUGAAAGAUGUUCCAUCCAACAACAUUAAUCCUAUCUUUGAUCUACCAAAACUCUCAGAGCUUGAUGCAUCAGAUGACUCCAUUCCUCUCAUUGAUCUUGAUGGCCUCAACGGUCCAAACCGGUCUCUCAUUAUCAAUCAGAUUGGCCAAGCAUGCGAAGAAUAUGGUUUCUUCAUGGUGAAGAAUCAUGGAAUUCCAGAGGCAACGAUUAACAACAUACAAAGUACAGCAAUGAAAUUCUUCAAGCUGCCAAAUGAGGAAAGGUUGAAAUUUCAAUCAAUUGACCCUACCAAGACCAUCAGACUGACUACUGGUUUUAACAACAAGAAUCAGAAAGUCUUUGUCUGGAGAGAAUCCUUGAAAUUUCAUAGUUAUCCUAUCGAAGAUUAUGAGCAUGAAUGGCCUUCAAAUCCUCCAUCAUUCAAGGAGGAUGUGGCUAAUUAUGGCACAAGUGUUAGAGGGCUAGAAUUCGCAUUGCUUGAAGCCAUAUCGGAGAGCCUAGGCCUGGAAAGAGAUUAUAUAGACAAGACAUUGGGCAUGCAUGGCCAAGGGAUAGCCUUGAACUACUAUCCACCUUGUCCACAGCCAGAGCUUACUUUCGGAUUGCCUGGCCAUACUGACCCUAGCAUAAUCACUAUUCUUUUGAUUGAUGAUGUUCCUGGACUCCAAGUCCUCAAAAAUGGCAAGUGGGUUAAUAUUCGUCCUAUUCCCAACACUUUCGUCGUCAAUGUUGGUGAUCAAAUUCAGGUACUUAGCAAUGAUCGAUACAAAAGUGUGCUUCAUCGUGUUGUUGUGAACUGCGAUAAAGAGAGAAUAUCUAUUCCUUCGUUUUACUAUUCAUCACCAGAUACAGUAAUAGGGCCAGCAAAAGACUUGAUCGACAAUGACCAUCCAGCCAUCUAUAGAAAGUCUGCAUGUAGAGCAUUCAAUGAGAGAAUGUGGAAUGGAGGGCUUGCAGCAGCUAAAGCAGCGAAAUCCCAACCAGAUGUGUCCAGUCCUGCUGCUUAAUGUGUUCGAAAAAUGCAUGGGA